AUGGACGACGAACAUCAGCAGGAAGACUGGGCGGGGAGUCGCAUAAACAGGCUACCGUCAUUUACGGAGGUUCUCUCGCGACGUACCCGGCCGCCCGUGGAUUUGUUCAUGUUCUACCUCUUCUUACAGCGGGAAGGCGCAGAAGAUGUUCUGGAUUUCUGGCUAGACGUGCAACAGCACGAAAAUCUAUGCAGGGCAUACUUCAAGGACGUCAGGAAAUCUGGCCGAUCCAUCAAGGAGGACUGGCCACAAUAUUGGGACUAUGCCCGACGGCGAGGGUCCAUUUACGGUACCGUGGUGGGGCUUCAUCCAGACGGUAGUGGGAAGCGUAGCACCGCGAGCACAGGGGAUUUGGUGGGUGAGCAGGAGAAGCGACAUUUGGCAGCGACGGACGAAAAGCAUGGCGCACGCUCCACCAGCCCCAAUUUCAUAACGCCCAUGUCAGAAGGCACCAGAGUGGGCUCCCCUCCGGCUGAGGACCAACCACGGUCAUCAACCCCCUUCUCGCUAUCUGGUCGCACGCCCACCUUGUUCAACUUGAAGCGUGCGUCUCGUGCACCGACAGUCAUCCCACGUUCUACCCCCAUCACACGGCAGAAUCUCAUAGCUUCCGCUGAACGCAUCUACUUCCGCUAUCUUUCCCCCGCCGGCAACGUCGUUAACUCACAAGAAAACCACGAAAUCUACCUCCCACCUUCUUUACGAAUACACAGCUUCCCUCUGAGCAGCGCGUCUGAGCCAAGGACCCAGACGGAGCUCAAUUUGAUGGCCCAGAUACCUGACAUGUUCCAUGCGCAGAAGGAAUAUUGCUUCAGAGCAAUGGAACAAGACGCCUUCCCUCGUUUCCUUCGAUCGAAAGCCUUCGGAAACCUUACACCCGUUUCGGCGCUUGUUCGCCUGAUUUUGGGUCUCAUCAUCCUAUGGAUAGGCCUCGCCACGGCGUUUUCGCUCGUAUUCCUCGACGUGCAACCCAAGUCCAAGCGAUUUUUCCUGUUUCUCCCGUUUAGCUUUGCAGUCCUCUUCCUCGUGUCGCAUCAAUACGAACUGGACCCGAUCCUCGUGUUCCUGGGGCAGUCUGAGACGACGCCGUUCCGCACGCUGACGAUCCGUGAGCCGUACGUAAAGAAGUUGCUGUUAGGGCGCGCGAUCUGGGUCAGCGUGCUGACGGCUGCGUUUGUGGUCGCGUUGACGUUCAUCUUCUGGGCGGUUCCAGGGCAUCGGCUAUAG